AUGUCAAAACAAAGCCAAUAAACUAAUAAAAAUUUAGAUAGUGUAACAGAUUAUGUAGAAGAUAAAGAAAUAUAAACUGCAGGAGCAUUAAAAUAACUUAAAGAAGACAAUGAUUUAGUUAGAAAUGUAGACUUUCUCUAAUUAGAAAUAGAAUUCUGUAAAAUAUUAAAAUAAAAAAAUGAAGAAACAGGUGAAGAAAAUAUAUAACUAUCUGGUCUUAAAUAAUAAAUAUCUGGCAGACAUAUUAUAAUAGUUGAAGAUAUUAUAGACAGUGGUUAUACAAUGGAUAAAUUACUCUAAUGUAUCAAAUUAUAAAAUCCUAAAAGUGUCAAAACAUGUAGUUUUAUUUUAAAAUAAAAUCAAUUGAAAGUUCAAAACUUAUAAAUGGAUUAUAUUGGAAUUGAAAUAGAACCCAAAUUUAUUGUUGGCUAUGGAGUUGAUGUUUAAGGAUGGGGAAGAAAUUUUUAAGAUAUUUUAUUUUGUGAAUGA